GCAGGACAAAUAAGUGGGACCGAAAGUCGGGGGAAAGAGGCAGAAGCUGGGGAGGAGGGAAGCCGCCGAGGGUCGAAAGGAAGCCGGCUGAGAAGCUGUCGGAUUGCGGAUCGCGGGAGCAGGACAUCCAGAUCUAUGGCUACGGAAGAAUUUCAGGUUGCCGUUCAUCAGGCAAAACUGUCAGAUGCCAUCUCAGUGGUUCAGGCAAAACCACUUCAGUAUUUCAGUGACAGGCCGCUCAAUAUUGCUGUGGUGGGUGAACCAGGUUCAGGGAAGUCCUCCUUUGUCAACAGCAUGAUAGGCAAACGUGCUGGUGAGCCAGGUGCUGCCGAGACCGGCAUCCAAACCACAACGGUGAAGGCCAAGGAUUACCAGCAUCCAACGCUUCCACAGGUCAUCCUCUGGGACCUCCCUGGGAGAGAAGACUCGGCUUUCGCCUCCCGCAUUGAGCAGGUGGAUCUGAACCGCUUUGACUUCUUCAUCAUUGUUGGCUACCAGCGCUUCCGGACGGUCCACACCGACCUGGUCCACGAGAUCCGAGCGAUGGGCAAGAGGUUCUAUUUUGUGCGAGCCAAAAUAGACCUCGACCUGGAGGCAUCCCAGAGACGGCAGCCGUCUGGCUGCGAUGAGAAGAAGGUCCUCCAACGCAUCAAGGACGACUGUGUAAUGGGCUUGCUGAAUGAAAGCGUGAUCGACCCCCAAGUCUUCCUGGUGUCCAACUGGGACUCCCAGAGCUUUGAUUUCCCCCUCCUGUGGGAAAAACUGCGGAGUGACCUCUUGCAGCUGAAGAAGCAAGCUUUCGUUUUCAGCCUGCCUUCCCUGUCUACACCUGUCCUAGAGAGGAAGACAGAUGCUGUGAAGAAGAAGAUACCACUCAUCGUCCUCUACUGUGCACUUCUGGCUUUGCUCCCUGUGCCAGGGUUCUCGUUUGUGGCCGCCAUGUUCUUUUUUGUGAGGUUCCGCUCUCAAUGCUACCGAGAGUUUGGCCUGGAUGACCCGCCACUCACAGCUCUGGCGAGGGAUAUCGGGAAGCCGGUAGCAUCCCUUCAUGCUGUGAUGAAGUCCAGAUCUCUAAUGCCGUUGAUUCUCUGGAGGCUUCCUGACCUGGUGGGAGCUGUUUUAAUACUGGUGGAAUAUUGUUGGUGGAAUCGCUAUCCCUACGCUGGUUCCUUAGUGUCAGGAGUCAUUUCAGUUUUUACCAGCUAUUACAUGCUGCAGGGCUGUUUAGCCGCUGUGGCCAAAGAUACCCAAAAUGUCCUCUCCAAAGCUCUGGAGAAGAUGUCAGUCUAGAAGACGUCGAUCUAUCAGCAGAUGUGCUCACAGUGUAUUUUGUGAUACUGCAGUUAGGUCUGGGAAGUAAGGGGCUGGGACAGGCACAGAAUUCAAUGUUUAAUCGUACCUUCAGGACCACAUUACCCCAUAUGUCCCUUCUAGGCCUCUGCAUUCAGCAGAGGCCAAUUUGUUGCUGGUCCCCGGCCCCUCCAUGAUGCG